AUGAUUCGAUCACCAAAUGGCAAUGAAUCAAAAUACAACUCACAACCAGACUUGUCCAGAAGGACGGAAGAAGAAAGUAAUGUUAGUAUCCGUAAAAGAAAAAAAAUGGACCACGACUGUGACUGCAAAGCUGAGAUACAAGGACUACGCAGUGAGGUAUCGCGUAUGAAUAAUCUAUUAGAAAAGUUCGUUAUAUCACAGGAGAAAUUAAUGACCGAUAUGCGUGAAAAUAUAAAAACAUUGAACGAAGAGAUCAAAGAUAUCAAAUCCUCGACUUCGGGGAUAGUAAAAGACCAGGACAACAUCAAAGGAUGUAUAACAGAUUUAAAUAGCAAAUUUUCUACGCACGAAGACAGGCUCACUUGUCUUGAAGGUAGUCUCAAGACAUCUACCACCACUACCAUUGAUUCAUCAGAGCCGAAUCAGUUGAGGAAAUAUGAAGAAAUAAUUCAGGAAAUUAAAGAGAGAAAAAAGAGAGAAAAAAAUAUUAUUAUAGUUGGCAUAUCAGAACAGACUGCUACCAGUACUGAGGAGAGGGUUGCAAAAGACGAAGCUGAGGUUUUAAACAUAACAGCCGUGUCUCUGUGCUCGCGUUUCGUCCUGCCAGAUCGUCGAAAGCCGCAUGAGGGAUGGCUGCGUUUUUGUAAUCCCGGUGCCCCCGCACGGGUUCCAAUUACGGAUGAUGUAAUAUUAGACCAAUUGAUGAACGGAAAUCUAUCGGAGAUUGAAGAUUUUGAUGAUGACGACUUGGAAUUUGAACCAAAUACCCUAUUUGAUCAAUUGGCUUGCGAAAAACUUUUCGAUGGUGAAAAUCCUAAUGAAGAUGAAGAAACAAGUCGCCAAACAUCACUAUUGAUGUGUCCUCCGGUGGUGCAACCUCCAUCUACAUCGACGCCGCAACCUCCAGCUUCAUUAAUGACGCAACAUCCUCCUCCACCGAGGACGCAGUCUCCAUCAACAAUGCAACCCGGAACGAUGGCGCUCUCAACAUCUUGUAAUAAUGCGUCAUACAUUGCCGAGGCUAAUGAACCAGAAAAGUGUACAUCUCUGUCUAAUAAAUCACACCAAGAAUCUAUGCAUUCCCGUCACUCAUCGCCAAAAUUUAUAACAAAUGUGAAAGAGAAGUCGCAAUCUCCAGCGAGUGUAUUACAAUACACAUGCUCACGAUGUGUGAAUGGGAUAGUAGGUGAGUGCACAAUUAUUCAUAGUACAGCGCGACCGUUUAUACCUGGAGUGAAUGAAGCAGCUGAUGGGCAUGCUAGAAAACCGUUCGAUGCGUUAACUGAUAAGGAUGAAUAA